GCAGCAGGGCAUGUGUAGUCAACCAAAUGCUGGACCAGUCGGGAGUUUCUCGAAGUGUCUAAAGUUGAGGCACUCUCUUUUUUUAAUAGUCAUGAUCUCCGUGUUCUGUAUUUUGGCGCUCGGACUGUUCUCGUCUGCGCUGGGCAGAGAGCGAGCGGAGGGAGACGGCUUGUCCCGCCUGAGGACGCUGCAGAGGGAGCGGUUUGUGUCGGAGAGGUCGGAGCGCAGAAGAGGAUUGAAUGAACCGACAUGCACGGCUCGGAGAGGUCUGGAGGCAUCUCUGCUCAACAACACCAGCUCUUUUACGUUCAAAGUGAAAACUCUGGGCUCGCUGUCCCUCGCCUGGGUGGGAGAUGGAUCAGGGGUGCUGCUGGUGCUGACAACAUUUCACGUGCCGGUGUUUAUGAUGCGUUUGGGCCAGUCCAACCUGUACCGGAGUGAAGACCACGGAAAGACGUUCAAAGAUGUGACUCAUCUGAUCAACCACACUUUCAUCCAGACAGAGUUCGGUAUCGCCAUUAGCCCGGACCAUUCGGGGAAGGUGAUCCUGACCGGUGAUGUGACGGAGAUCGGGGACUUCCGCCUGUUCCGCUCGCAGGACUUCGGCCUGUCCUUUGAGUCCAGCAAGCUGCCGUUCGUGCCUCUCAUUCAGCUGCUGUACAACCCUGCAGACUGCAACGCACUCGUCACCCUCAGUAUCUCGUUGAACCUGUGGAUGUCUGAGGACUUUGGCAGCUCCUGGAGAAAACUCCAUAAGGGCGUGUGUUUGGUCCGAUGGGGUUCAAGAAACAACAUCUUCUUUACAACCAACGGCAACGGAUCGUGCAACAACAAGGGAUCGUUGGAGUUGAAGAGGACCGACGACUACGGCAGAAGUUUCAAGACCAUCGCCACCAAAGUUUACUCCUUUGUCCUGGGGGGAAAGUUUGUGUUCGCCUCCAUCAUGACAGGAAUGGGUACAGAGCGUGCGGUCCACAUCUCAGUGGACGGAGGCGAUCACUGGAACAUGGCCCAGCUUCCUUCUGUCACUCACCAGCAGUUUUACUCCAUCCUCUCAGCCAGCCAGGACAUGAUCUUCAUGCACAUGGACGACCCUGGAGACUCUGGUGUUGGGACCAUCUAUGUGUCGGAUAACAGAGGAACUGUGUUCUCCAAGUCUCUGGAGCGCCAUCUUUACACAACCACAGGAAGUGACACGGACUUCACAGCCGUUGCUUCUCUCAGGGGCGUCUACACGACCAGCGUACUCACAGAGGAUGGUGAGGUGCAGACGGUGAUCACUUAUGACCAAGGAGCAAAAUGGCAGCCGCUCCAAAGACCAGAGAACAGCCCCUGUAACACCGAGACCUCCACAAACAGACCGAACAGAUGCAGACUUCACAUCCAUGCCUCCUACAGCACCACCAUGAAGAUGAACGUCCCCAUGCUGCCUCUCUCACAGCCCAACGCCGUGGGUCUCAUUCUGGCUCAUGGCAGUGUUGGAGAUGCCAACUCAACUCUCUUCCCUGACGUUUAUGUGUCAUCUGAUGGCGGCUACUCGUGGCUGCUGGCCCUCAGGGGGCCCCAUCACUACGCCAUCCUGGAUUCUGGAGGACUGCUGGUGGCUGUGGAGCACAGCAGCUCAGUAGUCAACCAGAUAAAGUUCUCUACUGAUGAGGGGCAGUGUUGGCAAAUGUAUAACUUCACGAGCGAGCCGCUUCACUUCAGUGGCAUGGACAGCGAGCCUGGCUCUCGCUCCUUGAACGUCAGCGUGUGGGGCUACAGGAGCGACUUCAGUAACUGGGUGGUGACCACUAUAGACUUCAGGAAGCUCCUCACCAGAGACUGUGAUGAUGGAGACUAUGUAGAGUGGCUGGCUCAGUCUGCCGACCCCAGUAUUAACGGCUGCGUUCUCGGAUAUAAAGAGUCUUUCUUACGCUUGAGGAAAGACUCAGUCUGCUGGAAAGGAAGGGACUUUGAAGUCACCAAGAAGCUGUCCCCAUGUCCGUGCACAGUGGCUGAUUAUCACUGUGACUUUGGGUAUUAUCGUCCAGAGAACAGCUCAGAGUGUGUGGAGCAGGAGGACAUGGUGGGCCGGGAUCUCGAGUUCUGUUUAAAUGGGACCACUGAACUGCUGCAGACCAGUGGCUACCGGAAGAUUCCUGGAAACAAGUGUGAAGGAGGUUUUCAGCCGGAAAGGAAGGAGAUCGACCUGAAGAGGUUGUGCACCAGCAACGCACUUUAUCCUAAUUCUCUGCAGACUGAACACAGCUCGUUAAACACGGCCGUCGUAGUGCUGGUCGUCAUGGCGAUCCUUCUGAUGAGCGCGGUAGCGGGCGUUUGGCUGGUUAAGAAAUACGUGUGCGGAGGACGGUUCCUUGUGCACAGAUACUCCGUAAUGAGGGAACACGUGGAAGGGAACAAAAUAGAAGGAGUGGAUGACGUGGAGAACUACAUGGAGACGGGAAAGCCACAGUUCACUGAAGACUCGGAUCAGGACCUUUUAGUAUAAAACUUCCCCCCCAAC